AUGGCCCCGGGUCGAGCGGUGGCUGGGCUCCUGCUGCUGGCGGCCGCUGGCCUCGGAGGGGAGGCGGACGGGCCUGGGCUCGCCUUCAGCGAGGAUGUGCUGAGCUUGUUCGGCGCCAACCGGAGCCUGUCGGCGGCGCAGCUCGGGCGCCUGUUGGAGCGUCUGGGAGCUGCCCCCGAGGAGGGCGCCCCCGAGCCGGGACAGCUGCACUUCAACCAGUGUUUAUCAGCUGAAGAGAUCUUUUCCCUUCAUGGCUUUUCAAAUAUUACACAGAUCACCAGCUCAAACUUCUCUGUCAUCUGUCCAGCAGUGUUACAGCAACUGAACUUUCACCCUUGCAAGGAGAGGCUCAAACACAAAACAAAACCAAGUCUUUCAGAGGUUUGGGGAUAUGGAUUCCUGUCAGUGACAAUUAUUAAUCUGGCAUCUCUUCUCGGAUUGGUUUUGACUCCGUUGAUAAAGAAAUCUUAUUUCCCUAAGAUUCUGACCUAUUUUGUGGGGCUGGCCAUCGGGACUCUAUUUUCAAAUGCAAUUUUCCAACUUAUACCGGAGGCAUUUGGAUUCAAUCCUAAAGUUAACAACUAUAUUGAGAAGGCAGUUGCUGUGUUUGGUGGAUUUUACAUACUUUUCUUUUUUGAAAGAACACUAAAGAUGUUAUUGAAGACGUAUGGUCAGAAUGAUCAUACCCACUUUGGAAAUAAUGACUUUGGCCCUUCUCAAGAAAAAACUCAUCAACCUAAAACAUUACCUGCCAUCAAUGGUGUGACAUGUUAUGCAAAUCCAGCUGUCACAGAGCCUAAUGGACACAUCCAUUUCGAUAACGUCAGUGUGGUAUCUCUACAGGAUGGAAGAAAAGAGUCAAGCUCAUGUACUUGUUUGAAGGGGCCGAAGCUCUCAGAAAUAGGGACGAUCGCCUGGAUGAUCACGCUCAGUGAUGCCCUCCACAACUUCAUCGAUGGCCUGGCCAUCGGGGCCUCCUGCACCCUGUCUCUUCUGCAGGGACUCAGCACCUCCAUCGCCAUCCUGUGCGAGGAGUUCCCUCAUGAGUUAGGGGACUUUGUGAUCCUACUCAAUGCAGGAAUGAGCACUCGACAAGCCUUGUUAUUCAAUUUCCUUUCUGCGUGUUCCUGCUAUGUUGGGCUAGCUUUUGGCAUCCUGGUGGGCAAUAAUUUUGCUCCAAAUAUUAUCUUUGCCCUUGCUGGAGGCAUGUUCCUCUAUAUUUCUCUGGCGGACAUGUUUCCAGAGAUGAACGACAUGCUGAGAGAAAAGGUAACUGGAAGAAAAACCGAUUUCACCUUCUUCAUGAUUCAGAAUGCUGGGAUGUUAACUGGAUUCACAGCCAUCCUGCUCAUUACUUUGUAUGCGGGAGAAAUCGAAUUGGAGUAA